AAGCAGAAACUGCGUCUGUCAACACAGUCCUUCAGCACAGGGCUGUGUGUGAUCUGCCGGGCAUCUGUGUAAUACACGGUCUCUUUUAUUAGUCUUUUUGUUGUAUUGAAAAUGACCAAACUCCAGCUGUUGAACGCGUAUCUGACGGAGCGGUUAGGGGAGGUGGUGCGCGAGAUUUUGGAUGUGGUGGAGGACACAGUGUCCGAGUACCUCGAGGAAACGGCGCGGACUCGCCGAGAGAACGACAGUCUCCGGAGACAGCUGCGAGACGCCGUGCUGCUCGCCAAGACGGACUUAUUCGGUCCGGCCCCUGCUGAUGAGGUCUCGGCGGUCAGGCAUGUGGAGUGGACGCCUACAGCUCAUCAGGACCCCAGAAUAAGCCCAGCCCCUCCUGGCGGCGGCCAGAGGCUUAGAGGGGAGGGGUCAGAGGUCACGGCGAAAGAGGAGCCAAUCGAAGAGCCGCUGAGGUGUCCGGAGUCCGAGAGCUUACCCGGCCGUGUCCAAGGAGACGCCUUGACCUCUGACCCCCAGAUCAAAGCAGAGCCCGAGGAGGCCGACAUCACAGUGACCAUCACGACGGACAUGCUGUCCAUGACCCCAGACUCUGCAGCACACACACACACACUCACUCACGCUAACGGCGGUCCGGCCGCACACACACAGCACACACACCGCACCACACACCCCUCACUACAGCCCCCACGCACACACACACACACACACACACACACACCGCCGCGCACACACACGGAGGCUGGCGCGCCCGGGGGCAGCAGGCGUGUGGACGGUCAGGUGUCCGGCGGUGGUGUGUGUGUGCGCUCGCGUGCGGAGCGUGUGUGUGUGCGCGUGGCGGCGUCUCAGGCGCAGCAGUGCGGUGUGUGUGGCGAGGUGUGUGUGGGCCACGGGGCCCUGCAGCAGCACCAGCGCAGCGGAUCUCACCGACGUCCCUUCGGCUGCGAGUGUUGCGGACGCCGCUUCACACAGUCAGCUGAUCUGCGGCGACACAUGCGCACACACACCGGAGAACGACCGCACCAGUGCCACGUCUGCCACAAGAGCUUCUCACAGAUCGGCAACCUCCGACGCCAUCAGCGCACACACACACGCACACACACCUAACACACACACACACACAUGCACUCACACCUAACACACACACACACACUCACACCUAACACACUCAUACCUACUGUAACACACACACACUCUCACACACA